AUGGCCGGCCUAUCUACUGAGCUGGCAUACAGAUAUGUCCAGCUAUAUCAAUAUCUGAUGCCUAAAAUGACCAAUCAAUCCGCUCCAUCCCCUCGCCUCUCUAUCCUCGACUUGCCGCUAGAACUGGUUUGGCAUAUCAUCCACUUCUUGGAUCCGGCAGAGAUAACAACAUUCUCUAUCACCUGCAAGGCGGCUCUCAAAAUAGCUCGCAGCACCAGGUACGGGUUGAUAGGCGCCUCUGUAUUGCAGAGACCUCUACAGGCCGGUGUCGAGUCAACAGUGAUGCGACAAUUGAGAGUCAAGUUUCUGCAUGGACUCAUACAGGACAAAAAGAGUGCUUUCUUUUGUCCUAACUGUGCCAAAGUUCACAGUUACCAGUCUCUAGUUUGCAAAGGGCAAGCGGUAUUCAUAUUUAAUCGAUCGCUAGCCCUUACCCAGCCAAGCACGGCAUCAAAACAUCGAGCGACGCUCAUACAAGGCAUUAUGACUUUUGGUCCUUUCUGGCCAGAGUAUGCUUUUACCUAUGAGGAUGCCCGUCAAGCCCUUUCAAAGAUAAAGCGCAGUCAAGCCGUCUCACACCUCCCGCGAUUCGCGAUAUCAACCAACUGGAAACUCUCGAAGCUGGGCACUCAUUGUACCAACCCAGACGCUAUAUGCGGGUACGUCAAGCUAGACACCGAAGCGAUGGUAACAGAAGGCCGACUAAUCCAGCACACGACCCAUCGAGUCUUGCUGAAUGAAGACGCCGUGGUCCCCUUCUUCAAAGCUAGCAAACUAACGAAGCGGGGACCUUUCUUCAAAGGGUGCUGCCACGAGAUCGACAUAAACCUCUUAUUUUACCCCCCUCUGAAUCAACUGGUUUGGUCCUUUCUCGACCAGCUAAAUGAACAAACAGAUGGGUACGAGGUGGCCGACCAUCUCUCCCCCAUGGCUCUCCGGAAGGCUUCCUUCAUCCUCGAGAGCGCCAGGCUCGAGGGCUGGGAUAUGCAGGAGAUGAAUAUUAAUCCUUACAUACUCGCCGGCUGCAGCGGCUGCUGGACCGAAACAGCCAUUACGAUACACAACCACCGACAGAGCGGAAUCGAGAUUGUAUUUGAUGUCUUCCAGUGCCUCUUCGACGGAGAGAAGCCACAUGGAAAACAUUGGCAACACAGCUGGGGCGGCAACCUAAAGAUGGAAUUCCAAGACGCGGCAUCACGUCGCUUGGAGCACGGUCAAGUCCACCCUGCCGCCUUCCGCACCCCUCCUGGGAAAAGUCUCCAACGACACCACUCAGCGCCCAGUCGCAAAGACAUAGAGGCCCUGAAACGAAGGCCGGAGAAUGCCCCACCCAACCCGUUGACGACAGUCAGCACAUAG